AUGAGGUGGGCUGCCCCUCACUUUCUCCACUCAAGGUACCAAGCGUUCCCGAGCUUUCCCCCUGCACCUACCAGCCAUGGGCCAUGGCACGCCGCACGUCGCACGCCGCACGCCACCCUCAACAGCAAGUGCAAGUGCCAGGAAGGAUUGAAGCAAGCAGGGCCCUGGGCAGGCAGGAAGCUGGCAACGGCGGGGCCGCGACGAUUUAGGUGGCAUGGAUGGUGGAAGGAAAGCUCAACCCGGCGCCCGGACCUUCCACCAAGAGCACUUUCCCGGACAGCAUCAAUGUCACAUCCCAUCUGUCUUGAUGGUCGUGGUGGUGGUCGCUGGUCCUGCACUGCUGCUGCUGUUCCCAGACUUUCACACCCACUCCUCGCUGUUCCAAGUCGCUCUCUGGUCUGUGCCCUCACCCGCACCGGCCAUGGUCCCUGGUGGGCACUUGGGCUGGAUUCCAUGGCUUUUUUGGGAGUAUCCUUUAUGGUAAAGUUGGGCAAAGUGUCGUCUGGAAUGCGUCGCUGA